AUGUUGGUGAUUGAAACUGGGAUAAUUCAGAAAUUUCAGUUUCAAUGGAAAAGCCACUGGCAAAAAACACUUGCUGGAAAAUUUUCACCCAGCUCUAAUACAAAGCUACUUGGAAUUGGGAUUCCGAGAUUCUGGCCCAACACCUACCUCCAGCAGGUCAACUUUGCCUGCUACGAUUUCUUCAUCAUCUUUGUUGUACACAGGUUCAAAUCUACCCAUGCUGACCUGGCCCGGGAGAUCAAGAGGAUGGGGAAAAAGUUCUACUUUGUGUGCUCCAAGGUGGACAUGGGCUUGUGUAACGAGAGAAGGAAAAAGAACUUCAGCCAGGAGGAUGCCCUGCAGAGAAUCCAAAGUGAUUGCAUCAAGUCCCCCCAGAGACAAGGCGUGAGCUCUCCACAGGCUUUCCUCAUCUCCAGGUGGGAAUUCGACCAGUAUGAUGGCCCCGGACUGCAAGAAGGUCUGGCAGAUGAACUCAAUGCUCACAAGAGACAUGUUUCCCUUUUGCCCUACCCAGCAUUCAGAUCCAUCUUUGAAAGGAAGACGGAAGUCCUGCAGGGGCAGGUUAGGGUACAAGCCCGCACCAUCUCUGCCAUUUUUGAUCUGGGUCUCUCCAUUGCUUGUGACGUUCCCCAGUUGAUGAGAUGCAUGUCAAGUUACUGCAAGAGCUUUGGCUUGGAUGACGACUCCCUGGUUAACCUUGCCCAGCAGGUUGGGAAGCCUGUCAUGGACUUGAGAGCUGUGAUGAGGUCUCCGUUAGGCAAAGAAAUAUCUAGUCGUUUUACUUUGAAUCUGCUGGCUCGGGCUGGAGGUGCUUGCAUGACAAGAACCAGACAUAUCCUCAAUGCGAUUCCAUUGGUCAGUAGUUUGGUGGAGUGUGAUGGGGUGUUUGCCCCACAUUGGCCCAUAGGGGAGGCUGUGCAGGAGGUAGCCAAUUAGGAAGGGGCUGCGUGGAAUAACCAAUUAGGGCCAGGCUGACCCAUAUAAGAAGGGCUUCACAGCAGCUUCAGUUAUUCUCUGGAGCUCAAGGAGAGAGGACUGGCUGCCUUGCAGUCAGUAUGAAGCUAGCACCCUCGACAGAGCCAUGCUGGGCAGGAACAGAGGAGUGAGAGAGAGCUUCUGACUGCCUUCUAAGGCCAGCCUGCUGAGGCCUGAGAUAAGCAUGAACAGGGUGCCGGAGUCAUGUGGGAAGU